AUGAUGGCGGCUGAGGCCGGGGUUGAGGAGGGCGGCUCGGUUACCGCUGCCGGGAUGGUGGGAGCUGCUGGCGGAGCUGAGUCGGAGCACUACCCCACAUUAUGCCGGGGCAAGGAGCUGGGGUCGCAGGGCCCCUUCCUGGCUGGCUCUGGCGGGGACAGCCUGGGCGCUGGCGGUCCGGCGUUGUGCUCGGCGCUGGGGCUUCUGGCGUUAAGCUCCGGGCCUGCCUCUCUGGCGUCCAGAGACGCACUGUUAGCAACUGGACAAAGGCCGGAGGUGUCCGGAGAGGUGCUGCUCCCACCCAGACCCAGCACUGUCGCCUUUCCCCCGCUGCCGCCGCCGCCGCCACAGCCACCUUCCUUGGCGGGGGGGCUGGGGAUUGUGGAUGAAGGCGACUCGUUGGAUGGGCCCGAGUAUGAAGAGGAGGAGGUGGCCAUCCCGCUCAACGCUCCCCCCACAAACCAGUGGUAUCAUGGAAAACUCGACAGAACAAUUGCAGAAGAACGUCUUUGGCAAGCGGAAAAACCUGGAAGUUACCUUAUUCGAGAGAGUGAUCGGAGACCGGGUUCAUUUGUGCUUUCAUUCCUUAGUAAAACAAGUGUCAAUCAUUUUAGGAUUAUUGCCAUGUGUGGAGAUUAUUACAUUGGUGGACGUCGCUUUGCUUCACUCUCAGACCUUAUUGGGUAUUACAGUCAUGUGUCUUGUUUGCUGAAGGGGGAAAAACUAUUCUUUCCAGUAGCACCUCCAGAGCCUGUGGAAGAUAGAAGGAGAGUUCGAGCAAUUCUACCUUACACCAAAGUGCCAGAAACUGAUGAAAUAAGUUUCCUUAAAGGAGAUAUGCUUAUCGUGCAUAAUGAAUUAGAAGAUGGCUGGAUGUGGGUUACAAACCUACGUACAGAUGAACAAGGUCUUAUAGUAGAAGACCUGGUAGAAGAAGUGGGAAGAGAAGAAGAUCCACAUGAAGGAAAAAUAUGGUUCCAUGGGAAGAUCUCCAAACAAGACGCUUACAAUUUACUGAUGACAGUUGGUCAGGUGUGCAGUUUUCUUGUGAGGCCUUCAGAUAAUACACCUGGUGAUUAUUCACUUUAUUUUCGGACCAGUGAAAAUAUUCAACGUUUUAAAAUAUGUCCAACAUCAAGCAAUCAGUUUAUGAUGGGAGGCAGAUAUUAUAAUAGUAUUGCAGAGAUCAUUGAACAUUAUAGAAAAGAACAGAUUGUUGAAGGAUAUUACCUUAAAGAUCCUGUUCCAAUGCAGCAUCAAGAACAAGUGUUUAAUGAUACAGUCGAUGGAAAAGAAAUCUACAAUACAAUUCGUCGCAAAACAAAGGAUGCUUUUUAUAAAAAUAUUGUCAAAAAAGGAUAUCUUCUAAAAAAAAGUAAAGGGAAGAGAUGGAAAAACUUGUACUUUAUAUUGGAGGGAAAUGAUGCCCAGCUUAUUUAUUUUGAAAGUGAAAAACGAGCCACAAAACCUAAAGGAUUAAUAGACCUUAGUGUGUGUUCGGUCUAUGGAGUACACGACAGUUUAUUUGGCAGGCCAAACUGUUUUCAGAUAGUAGUUCAGCACUUCAGUGAAGACCAUUACAUCUUUUACUUUGCAGGAGAAACUCAAGAACAAGUGCAGGACUGGAUGAAGGCUCUGCAGAUGUUUUGCAGUUUAAGGAAAAACAGUCCAGGGACAUCAAAUAAACGUCUACGUCAGGUCAGCAGUCUUAUCUUGCAUGUAGAAGAAGCUCAUACACUCCCAGUAAAACAUUUUACUAAUCCAUAUUGUAACAUCUACCUGAACAGUGUCCAGGUAGCAAAAACACAUAUCAGGGAAGGUCAGAACCCUGUAUGGUCAGAAGAAUUUGUCUUUGAUGAUCUUUCAUCUGAUAUUAAUAGAUUUGAGAUAAGUCUUAGUAACAAAACAAAGAAAAGUAAAGAUCCAGAUAUAUUGUUUAUGCGUUGCCAAUUAAGCCGAUUACAGAAAGGACAUGCAACAGAUGAGUGGUUUCAACUCAGUUCCCAUAUACCACUGAAAGGUAUUGAGCCAGGAUCUUUGCGUGUUCGAGCACGAUAUUCUAUGGAGAAGAUCAUGCCAGAAGAGGAGUACAGUGAGUUUAAAGAGCUCAUACUCCAGAAGGAGAUGCAUGUAGUCUAUGCCUUAUCACAUGUUUGUGGCCAGGAUAGAACACUGUUGGCUGGCAUUUUAUUGAAGAUAUUUCUUCAUGAAAAGCUUGAGUCACUAUUGUUACGAACACUAAAUGACAGGGAAAUAAGCAUGGAAGAUGAAGCUACUACUUUGUUUCGUGCCACCACUUUAGCAAGUACACUUAUGGAGCAAUAUAUGAAAGCCACAGCAACACGUUUUGUUCAUCAUGCACUGAAAGACAGUAUAUUAAAGAUAAUGGAGAGCAAGCAGUCCUGUGAGUUAAAUCCUUCGAAGUUAGAAAAAAAUGAAGAUGUAAACACUAAUUUGGCACAUCUACUCAGUAUACUUUCGGAAUUGGUGGAGAAAAUAUUCAUGGCUGCAGAGAUACUGCCUCCGACAUUGAGAUAUAUUUAUGGAUGCUUGCAGAAGUCUGUUCAAAACAAGUGGCCAGCUAAUACGACAAUGAGAACAAGAGUUGUUAGUGGCUUUGUUUUUCUUCGACUGAUUUGUCCUGCUAUCCUGAACCCAAGGAUGUUUAAUAUCAUCUCAGAUUCUCCUUCCCCUACUGCUGCAAGAACACUGACGCUGGUUGCCAAGUCUGUGCAGAAUUUAGCAAAUCUGGUUGAAUUUGGAGCUAAGGAGCCAUAUAUGGAGGGGGUAAAUCCAUUUAUCAAGAGCAACAAACAUCGCAUGAUCAUGUUUUUAGAUGAACUUGGGAAUGUUCCUGAGCUUCCAGACACUACAGAUUACUCUAGAACUGACUUAUCUCGUUAUCUGGCAGCCUUGCAUGAGAUGUGUGUGGCUCAUUCAGAUGAACUUCGGACACUUAGCAAUGAGCGAGGUGUAAUGCAGCAUGUUCUUAAGAAGCUGUUGGCUAUUACAGAACUGCUUCAACAAAAACAACAUCAAUAUUCAUUGUCUAAUAACAUCAGGUAGCAGCCUUCUACCUGAAUUCUGCAUGGAUCCAGCAUGUCUAACAUGGCAACUUACACAGGUAUCACUUUUUUUGCUCUUGCCAAAAAUCGCACACCCUGUCACAUUCCCAGUGAUGUGUGAACUAUGCAAAAAAGAAAACAAAGAUUCUGUUAGCAAAUUAUUCAACCAGCAGCUCUUUAAGCUAUCUGUGCAGGAUAUUUGCACUUUUUUCCACUUGGAACCAGUUUUUACAGCCUCUGAGCCUUGGUGUACAGUUUACCUUUUGCAAAGAAAAUGCUGUGACUGUAGUAACUUUGAAAAUUAUUUUGAACACCUGUGUCCUGGGGUGACUUUAUGAUGCUUGUAUCCCCAUUGGUCUGUUUAGCCCAGAAAUAAGUUUUGCACCUUUAAGACUGGUUCUGAGAGGGAAGGGGGAGGGGGAGAGAAGAAGCAUGCAGUUUGUUUUCAGAAACUGCACUCACUCCUCCACAUUCCUGCUCCUGGACUGUGUUGUCUACAGACGGACAGACACCGGGACAGAGCUCUCUUUUGCUUUUUAGUUAGUUUUUAGCUAGCUGAGGCAGACAAGUUCACAAGUUCCCUAGACUCUAGUGUUUCUUUUUCUUGGAACUGUUUAAACCUGCUCUGGACUGAACACCCAGAAGAGCACCGCCAGCUCACAUUUGUGGUCCCCUGGGGCUUGGCCUGGGCUGCAGCAUUUCCAGCGCUGGAGGGACUGAUAACAGACUGAGUGAGCCGAGCUACAGCCCAUGAAGGGGAUUUCCUGAGUUUGUCAUCUCUUUGGAGCGGCAAGAGGUUUUAUUGCUUAAUAUUAUUCUUUUUUUUUUUGUGCUGGUGAAUGCUUUGCUUGUCAAAUAAACAGUUUUUUCCACUUUU